UGAUCUGAUCCCGCCCCUAUCCUACUUUACGGGUUCAAUGAGCGCAUCGCCAUCGCACUGUUGGAGCUGCAGCCCACUACCCACCCCUCUCCCUCUGCAGUAUGCAUGUUCGCCAGGGAGUCCGUGAAGCGUUCGCCUCCCAGCUCUGCACUCCUUCAGCGGCCGGACAGCAGCAGCUGAGCCAGAGCGGACGGUAGUAGAGUUAGAUGCGGCGGCAGAAAGGCGCGGAGUGAGCGCAGGAACACAGAGUCACCAACAGGCUGCCCGUCUCUCUCCUCUGAACGUGGACAACAUGCAUGUGCUCCUCUGGGGCUUGGGGUUCCUACUAUUCCCUGAUCUCUUGAAUGUAGUCGCAUCCACAGCGAGAUUGAUCCGGAGCGCAAGCACAGUGCCAGAGGAGUUGGCCGCUUAUGAGAUUGUAACACCGGUGCGAGUAAAUGAAGCCGGUGACAAGCUUCCAGCCGGUGUGCACUUCAAAAGGAAGAGACGGAGUUUGGAAGAGCUGGGCACAGCGGAUCACUGGGCCGCGGCAAAUAUCCACUACAGGAUAUCUGCUUUCGGGAAGCACUAUCACCUCAACCUCACGCUGGAUUCGGGAUUUAUUGCGCCCGUUUACACUGUGACGAUACUUGGAGCGCCCCGAGGAGAUAACGGGACUGCUUUUGCAACAGAUGCGGAAAGGGAGGAGGAAGAAGAGGAGGAGGAGGAGGACACGGAGUUAAGGCACUGCUUCUAUAGAGGACAUGUGAAUGCCCAUGCACAACACGCCGCAGUCAUUAGUCUCUGCUCCGGACUGUUUGGCACUUUCAGGUCUCCUGACGGGGAGUAUUUUGUGGAACCCCUGCACAGCUACCAAGGGGAACACUAUGAAGAGGAACACACAAAACCUCAUAUCGUAUACAGGAAACUUUCAUCCGGGAAUCACACAUCUGAAGACACCUCAGCCUGUGACACUUCAGGACACAAACACAGGCAUAAGAGGCAGAGGGCAAGGAAGAGGCCAGCCCCCGUUCCCAGUGCGGCCCCUCUGGUCGGCGCUGGUAUACUCAGAGACCUGGGAUCACUGAGCGCCAGUCUGGCCAGUAGCACUUGGCUCAGAUCAGAGCGCGGCCUUGCCAGCAGCAGACCGUCAAAUGAUAGCAGUGGUGACUCAGGACCUCACAGGAGAUCAAAGCGCUUCCUCUCCUACCCGCGCUUUGUUGAAGUUAUGCUGGUCGCCGACAGCAAAAUGGUGGAGCAUCACGGCAGCAACCUGCAGCACUACAUACUCACGUUGAUGUCAAUAGUCUCUUCCAUCUAUAAGGACCCAAGCAUUGGCAACCUAAUUAACAUUGUGAUUGUUAAGUUGGUGAUCCUCAACAGCGAGUUGGAUGGUCCAGCUAUUUCAUUUAACGCACAGGCCACUUUAAAGAACUUCUGCAUCUGGCAGCAGAGCCAGAAUGUCCUGGACGAUAACCACCCCUCCCAUCAUGACACCGCCAUCCUUAUCACCAGGCAAGACAUCUGCAGAGCGAGGGACAAGUGUGACACGUUAGGCCUCGCAGAGUUGGGGACUGUGUGUGACCCAUACAGGAGCUGCAGCAUCAGUGAGGACAAUGGGCUCAGCACUGCUUUCACCAUUGCCCAUGAACUGGGCCAUGUCUUCAACAUGCCUCAUGAUGACAGCAACAAGUGUAAGGAGGAUGGAGUGAAGUCACAGCAGCAUGUCAUGGCUCCCACGCUCAAUUACAACACAAACCCUUGGAUGUGGUCCAAGUGUAGCAGGAAGUACAUCACAGAGUUCCUUGACACGGGGUAUGGUGAGUGCUUGCUCGACGAGCCCGUUUCUAGGCCAUACAGUCUCUCGCAGCAGCUGCCUGGGCGGAUAUACAGUGUCAAUAGACAGUGUGAAUUGAUAUUUGGGCCGGGAACGCAGGUGUGCCCUUAUAUGACUCAGUGUCGGAGGCUCUGGUGCACAAGUCCAGAGGGCGCCCAGCGGGGCUGUAGGACACAGCACAUGCCCUGGGCAGAUGGCACUGAUUGCACACCUGGAAAGCACUGCAAACACGGCCUGUGCAUUCCCAAAGAGCUCGACGCCACUCCUGUGGACGGAGCAUGGGGGGUUUGGAGCCCUUUUGGUACAUGUUCUCGAACAUGCAGUGGUGGCAUAAAGAUUGCAGUACGUGAAUGCAACCGACCAGUACCGCGGGGCGGAGGAAUGUAUUGUGUUGGUCGCCGGAUGAAGUUCCGUUCUUGCAAUUCAGAACCAUGCUCAAAGAAAAAGAAGGACUUCAGGGAGGAACAAUGUGCUGUUUUUGAUGGAAAACACUUCAACAUCAACGGUCUACCUCCUAAUGUUCGCUGGGUUCCCAAAUACAGCGGAAUUCUGAUGAAGGACAGAUGUAAACUGUUCUGCAGGGUGGCUGGCAGCACUGCCUACUAUCAGCUCAGGGACAGGGUCAUCGAUGGCACGCCAUGCGGACCCGAUACCAACGACAUCUGUGUCCAGGGCCUGUGCAGGCAAGCAGGUUGUGAUCACGUUCUGAACUCUAAAGCCAGGAGGGAUAAGUGCGGUGUCUGCGGUGGUGACAACUCUUCCUGCAAAACUGUAGCGGGAACCUUCAACACUGUACGCUAUGGCUAUAAUGAAGUAGUGAGAAUACCCAGUGGUUCUACAAAUAUAGAUGUGCGGCAACACAGCUACUCAGGGAAGCCGGAGGACGACAACUACCUCGCGAUAUCAAACAGGCGUGGAGAAUUCCUGCUCAAUGGAGAGUUUGUGGUGAGCAUGUUCAAAAGGGAAAUCAAAGUGGGGGAUGCCGUCAUCGAGUACAGUGGCUCUGACCAUGUUAUCGAGAGGAUCAACUGCACGGACCGCCUCGAGGAGGAGAUUAUUGUCCAGGUGCUCUCUGUUGGAAACCUUUACAACCCAGAUGUCAGGUACUCCUUUAAUAUCCCCAUAGAGGAUAAGCCGCAGCAAUUCUUCUGGGACGCUUACGGGCCCUGGCAGGAGUGCAGUCGGCUGUGCCAAGGAGAGCGGAAGCGAAAGACUCUUUGCAGCCGAGAGUCAGACAGAGUGGUGGUGUCAGACCAGCGGUGCCACAGUGCGGUUCGGCCUGCAGUUAUUACAGAGCCCUGCAACACAGAAUGUGAACUCAGAUGGCACGUGGCCCAUAAAAGUGAAUGCACCGCCCAGUGUGGCGCUGGAUACCGCACUCUGGAAAUAGAAUGCGCCAAAAUCAACCGCUCAGAUGGCAAGAUCCAGAAAGUUGAUGACCGCUACUGCAGUGGGCAACGUAAACCUAAUGACCGUGAAGGUUGCCGUGGAGAUUGUAACCCUGGUGGGUGGGAGUACUCACCCUGGUCAGAGUGCUCCAAAAGCUGCGGCGGAGGCACCCGACGUCGAGGAGCAGUGUGUCGAAAGACUUCUGAGGGUGGCGAUGAAGAGAGCAGAUGCAGUCAAAGGGAUAAACUAACCGUCCAACCCUGCAAUGAUUUCCUCUGUCCACAAUGGGAGACUGGUGACUGGUCUGAGUGCCUUGUAACAUGCGGGAAAGGCUACAGGCACCGUCAAAUAUGGUGCCAGUUUGGAGAGGACCGCCUGGAUGAUCGCUUCUGCGGUACAUCCAAACCUGAGUCGGUGCAGACAUGUCAGCAACAAGAGUGCGCCUCGUGGCAAGUUGGACCCUGGGGACAGUGCACUACCUCUUGUGGGCCAGGCUACCAGAUGCGAGUGGUGAAGUGUGUGGUGGGCUCCUAUGGUGCUGUCAUGGACGACACUGAAUGUAAUGCUGCCACGCGACCCACUGAUACGCAGGACUGUGAAGUGGCCCAGUGUCCGAGCAGCCACCCUGUUCCCCCAGGAACUAAAGUCCCCUCUCACCAAGGCCACAGAACCCAGUGGAGGUUUGGUUCCUGGGCUCAGUGUAGUGCCAGCUGUGGCAAAGGCACCAGAAGGCGUUUUGUGAGUUGCCGUGACAACCAGGGUGGUGUAGCAGAAGAGUCGGCUUGCGCUCACUCUCCAAAACCACCCGCCAUGGAGGUGUGCUCCGUUGUAGCUUGUGGACAGUGGAAGGUGCUGGAAUGGACAGCUUGCUCUGUGACAUGUGGGCAGGGGAAAACAACACGACAGGUGUUGUGUGUCAACUUUAACGACCAAGAAGUGAAUGCUAGUGAGUGUGAUCCAGACGAUCGUCCAGCCACAGAGCAGGACUGUGCCAUGUCUCAUUGCCCGUCCCGUUCCAGCGAGUCCAGACCUUUGCCGUCCUCACCAAACACCAUCUCCAGGAGUAGCCACUCCCAGCAAUGGCGUACCGGACCCUGGGGCGCGUGCUCCAGCACAUGUGCAGGAGGCUUCCAACGACGAGUGGUAGUGUGUCAGGAUGAGAACGGUUACCCUGCCAACAGCUGUGAGGACCGUAGCCGGCCCAGUGAGCAACGAUCCUGUGAGUCAGGUCCAUGUCCUCAAUGGGUCUACGGCAAUUGGGGAGAGUGCACUAAACCAUGUGGAGGUGGGAUAAAGACCAGGUUGGUGGUGUGCCAGCGUCCCAACGGUGAGCGUUUCAACGAUCUGAGCUGUGAGAUCCACGACAAGCCACCAGAUCGGGAGCAGUGCAAUACUCAGCCGUGUCCCUCUAACCCUCACUGGAGCACAGACCCAUGGAGCUCGUGCUCAGCCUCCUGUGGAAGAGGUGUCAAAUCCCGUAAGGUGAGCUGUGUGACCGAAUCGGGCCGCUCCAUCUCAGAGGAAAACUGUCAUCAUCUGUCCCCCAAACCCAGCCGGCAGAGGCGAUGCCGAGGCGGAAGAUGCCCCAAGUGGAAAACUGGCAGCUGGGGAGAGUGUUCAGCCUCCUGCGGGGAUGGAGUUCAGCGGCGGGAGGUUUUCUGCCAGGUUGGUGACCGCCGGAGCACCGCGGAGAGCGGCUGCCCCCAGCGCUCCCGUCCCCCGUCCAGCCAGAGCUGCCGCACGGCAGACUGUCCCUCCCGGUACCGGUGGAGAGAGGGACACUGGCAGGCUUGCAGUAAGUCCUGUGGAUCGGGCCAUCGAAGGCGAGUGCUGGAGUGUGUUGAUUACAACCAGCAUGAGGUCCAUGAAAUAUACUGUGUGAACCAGAUCCGUCCGCCAGACAUAGAGAGCUGCAACACACAUGCUUGUGAACUAAUCUGGAUCACUGGGGAGUGGACAGAGUGCUCAGUGAGCUGUGGUCAGGGCUACCGUCAGCGUCUCAUCUCCUGCAGUGAGGUGCAUUUGGAAAAUGACAACUAUGAGUAUGGCCAUCAGUCUCUGUCCAACUGCCCUGGAACCCCUCCAGAGAGCUACAUGCCCUGUAAUCUGGGCCCAUGCCCAGCUCCAGAAGAGUGGAGGGCUGGAAUCUGGGGACCGUGCUCAGUAAGCUGUGGGGAUGGAGUGAUGGAGAGGACAGUGCAGUGUGUGUCCACAGAUGGACAUGAAGGCAAUGGCUGUUCUUCGGAUGAAGAACCUGACAACAGAAAAGUCUGCAGUAAUCCGAGCUGCAAUUUGCCUUCUAGCUGUCUUGAGGUUCAGCGCAUGAAAGGUUCCAUUCCAGAUGGUGAACACUUUCUCAGUGUUCAAGGAAAAGCUCUCAAGGUAUAUUGUGCAGGAAUGCAGACAGAGAAUCCACAGGAGUACAUCACCUUGACGACUGGAGAAGAGGAGAACUUUUCUGAGAUUUUUGGCUUCAGACUCAAUGACCCUACUCAGUGCCCCGCCAAUGGCUCUAGAAGAGAAGAUUGUGACUGUCGAAGAGACUACAUCGCCUCAGGCAUGACCACCUUCUCUAAAGUCCGCCUGGACCUGAGAAGAAUGAACAUCAUUACUACAGAUUGGCGGUUUGCUGUCACCCAUAAAGGCCAGAGGGUUCCAUUUGCUGCAGCUGGAGACUGCUACAGCCUGGCUAACUGUCCACAGGGACAGUUUAGGAUCAACUUGUCAGGAACAGGUUUCAAGGUGGCUGAAGACACUUCAUGGAUCACCCAUGGGAACUAUGCAGUGACCCGUAUCCAGAAAUCCCAGGAUGGCAGCAGAGUAACAGGAGUCUGUGGAGGCUACUGUGGAAAUUGUACACCAUCCUCUGGUGACACUCUGUCUGUAACAGUGGAGUAGAUCAACAGCUACAACAGUCUAGUGUUUUUUCUUCAGGUUCCCGUUCUGCGACCUUAAUCCUCAUCAAUGGUGCUACAGUCAGCUUGGAACACAAAAUCAUCCCAUCGUCACCUCUUAUUAUGUUUGUAUAGUGUAAAUGAAUCUGCUGUAAGUAUUGUAAAUACCUUAUUUAUUCUACUUGCCAUUUAUUUUUGUACUUUUAAAUAAUUUAAAUUUAUUUUGUUAAAAGCUGGGGCUAAACAUGUGCGCUAUCUGGGCAGGUUUAGUCAGAUUUUCCUUCCACAUUUUAUGAUAAAUAUUUAACUUUGAAAUGCAGUGCAGCCAUAUGUGUGUGUUUGUUUUCUCUCCAUUAAGUCAAAAAGUCUUUUUUGCAAACUUACCAGACAAAAUGUUGUCAUGCAGUGUCCAUUUUCUAUGUCUUUUU